AUGAAUUGCUCAUUUUCCACUGACACUGGUUUCGCGCACUCAAGGGCCAAGAAGGAAGAAGAGGCGGGCGAGGUGGAGGAUGACACUGCCGCGGAGAAGGGCAAUGACGACGAUGACGAGAACAAGACUGAGCACAAGAAAUCCGAGGUCGCGGACCAAGACAGCGCUGUCAAACCUCAUGGCCGGGACGGCUCGACGCCCUCCAACAUCCUCGAAAAGGGCAUCAUCUACUUCUUCUUCCGUGGUCGCAUAGGCAUUGACCACCCCGACAAGGUUAGCGACAUCGCUCGCAGCUACAUCAUCCUCAGGCCCAUUCCGAAGGACGCGAAACUGGGGGAUGGCCCUAUCGGCGAUGCUGGCAACUCUCGUCUGAUUGCCGUCCCCAAAAAGGUUCUUCCCCAGUCUGGACGAGACCGCUGGAUUGCCUUUGUCGAGAAGAGCGAUGCCUCAUUCGAUGAGCUCAAAAAGAAUUUCCUGGCGUCCAACGAUUACCAGACCAAGGCUGGUAUCGACCGCCACUCCCCUGCAGCCUCUCCAUUCGGCGAAGGCGUAUACGCAAUUACCACUACCGGGAGGGAGAGCCACCUGGCGUACAUGCUGACCCUCCCCAAAAAGCUUGAUCAAGUCCAGACAAAGAUGGGUCUCAAGGAAAAGGGUAGCUGGAUCAUCAGCACUCGAAAUCCUCAAUAUCCUGCGCCUGCAAAUACGCAGCUGCCAGAAUCUCCCAAGUUCUCCAAGGACAUUCUCGACGAAUUUCGAUCACUGCGUUGGAUGGGAACCCUUCCUAAGCAUCUCAUUCCUAACGCACAAUUCCUUCUUGUGGGCGAGUCCUCGGGUAUCGACAAGGCUCUGCAACCAGAUGAAAAGGACAAGAAGGACAAGGAGAAGGAGGAGCCCGUCGAGGAAAUGGAGAGGCUUGAAGAGGAGGAUGCAGCACGGAUGGAGCAUCUCGGAAAAGACGCGGCUGAAGCCGUCUUUGCCGAUCUCGAGGCUCAGGCCAAAGGCUAUCCUGAGCUGCAGACUACAUUCUAG